GGUUCCCCGACCCGCCGCCGCCGCUUGCCCCCGUUCGGGCCAACUCCGGCCACAAACGCGACAACCACAGUCUGAGGAAGAUGCGGCUUGGCCCACUCUACCGGAUCCCUUCUCGUGCCUCGCCGUUCCUGCCCGAGCGCGACGCCGCGGCUAACCCUAGCCGUGGGGUUUGGUUCGGUCGCCGUGCGGUUCCCGCGCCGCUGACCUCCUCCUGCCGCUCUCGGUCUCCGUCUGGCCCUCGAUCUCCGUCUGGCGCCGCCGAGGACAGGCCAAUUCCGGCCAUGUCCUCCGCCGCCAGCUACCGACGCGGGCUCGUCUCGUCCUCCUCUAUAUCUCUGUCCCAUGUGAGGAGCAUGAGAGGCCUUGACAUGGAGUCUCCUUCCCGGCGGCAGCGAUCGCGCGAGACCACGCCUAGGUGCCAUGGUGGCUCGUGCUGCUCCCCGGCGUGUGGCGCAUCAUGCUCGCCCGAACCGACUUCAUUGGCCGCGGCGGCAACCAGGGCGCACCCCGCAUCCAUGGAGCGUCCAGGAGGGCGAGCAGGCGAAGAUAGACCUGCGGUCUUCCCUCCUCUUCGUCCCUCUCCUACUUGCAUGCUCAUCGACAUGUUCAGUUUCGGCAGGAUAAUACAUGACGGGUUCAUGUUCAGGGCGAACUUCUCCAUUAGGUCCUACAAGAUUGGGGUGACAUGAUGGCCUCCAAAGAGAUGUUGAUGAACCACUUGCAGGUGAGCUGUCGGUGCAAUGUCUAGGCAUAAGAUUGUUCUUUUUCUUUGUUGAACCAUGGGUAUAAUUUUUGCUUUGAUGCAUAUGAG